AUGGCCCUCAACUUAAAGACUAAUGGCAGAAGUUGCAGGAAGCGUGGUUUCAUACUUAUUUACCAAGUUGAUGUGUGUAUAUGUGUCAGGGUUAGGGGCAGGGUUAACUUGAUGGCCCCACCGAUCCCUAUGGAAUAUGAUUCAGUGGACCUGACUGAAGAUGACGAUGACGACGAUGCACCAGUUGAUCUCAGCAGCCAAUCAACUCGCUCCGCCAGCAACAGCUACAACUCUGCUACACCUAAAAGUUUUUCACUACAACACAACAACACUAGCAAUUCAAUUUAUAUCAAUGAUGUGUACCACCACCAUCAGAACAGUUCUGAAUGCUCUCCGCCAGCCGGAGAAGAAGCACCACCGUUAACCUUCAACGAUGUCGAGGAAUUUGAAAGAACUGUAAAAAAGUUGCAGGAGGAGCUGAAGAUCGAAGAGACGAAACUGCUCCUCUUGAAAAGUAUUCAGAGUAGCCAGCUUCAAAACAACAGCAACAUUAAAUCUGCUGUUGUAAAUGGCAAAGUUUCUGUGAUAGAUACAGCAAGUAGCCACACAAAUAGCAGCAGACAAAAACAACAAAGUAAUCAGCAGCAGCAGUACCAACUCUCAAACAACGUGAAGCUACCUAAUGGUACAACCAGUAAGAAGAAUGCCAAUACUGCUCUACAACAACAGAAAUCAAACACUGCCUACCAACAACAAAACAACCAGCAAAGAUCUCACAACAAUGCAAUCAACUCGACCACAGCAGCCACAUCAAUAAAAUCGUACACACCAAAUCAACAGCUCUCAGGUUAUUCAAAUUCUUCAUCAUCCUCCAUACCCGCACAACACCACUUAUCACAACUGCAGGAACAACAACGCAAACUGCUUCAACAGCAACAGCAAGCUGCUGCCAUCCUAGUAGAGCAGACAGCUGCUCAGAAGCUGUCGACAGCAAAACUUGCAGUUCGCAAGCAACUAGAGAGGUCCCUCCUUCAACUUCCUGCCUUAAAAGCCAACCCAUUCGAUCUGACACUUAUACCAAACUCUGGCACAAACGAGUUUGCCGUUUUGCUUGGUCUUGAACAGGUUGUUGAUAAUUUGCUGUCGACUGCAUCCACCCAGAUAAAUUUCAACAAACCUUUUGAAUCAGUUAGCAUGGAAAUCGACAAAUCAGCAGAAACAACAGCAGAAUUGUUGGCGAUAACAACAACAACAACAACUGCUUCAUCUUCGACAGUUACUUCCUCCAAAGACAUUCCCAUCUGUUGCAAAUGUGCCACUGACUUCACACCAAAAUGGUAUGAAAAACCGUCAGCAUCAAAUUCCACUAAAGUUUCGGGAACCAUCUGUGAAAAUUGUUACAGAGCUGAUCGUAAACGAGCAUGUGCGAAACAGCAAGAGGACCGGAUGAACUCUGCAUUCUCCAGAGCCAAACAGCAAGAAAAGGAAGUGGAGAAAGCUCUGGUUCUCGAACUGGAGGCUGCAAGGCAACAAAUUGAAGCAAUCAACAACAGUCUUGCCAGUGCAGUACCUAUGGUCUCAAGUGUCUUCAGUGGCUCCACGUCAAAGGGGGGUCCAUCAUCGCAGUCGUCCUCAAGCUCACUGGCUUCAAAUGCAGCCUGGGACAAGAAUGUUCUGACGACUACCUCCUCUAAUAACAAGCCAUCCAACCAACAACUGCAACAACACAAACAACAACAAAGUGCUGCAGACAAACAAACUCAACAAAGGUACCAUAAUCAAAACCACUUUCAACAGCAACAAUCACACCAACAAAAAUCUUCCAUCUCCAAGCAACAACAACAAAACCAACAACAACAACUUCUUUCAAAUCGUCAAAUGCAAAAUGCUUCAAAGAAACAGCAGCAGCAGCAAUCCAGGCCACAGCAACAUCAUCAGCCGUCGUCGACAUCGAACACAUCCUCGACCUUUGCUAUGCCGACCUUUCCAGCUGGCAUCGACCUUGAGAGCUUGAUGCUGUGCAGCGAGAAGGUGGCCUCUCUCGGAUCGUUGUUCUUCAACCAGUUCACCAACAGCAUGUCAUCAUCAUCAUCACCGAUGUUGGCCCCAUCGUCGUCGUCAUCAUCACCAUCCAUCAAAAAACAUCAUCACCACCCUGCUCAUCACCAUCAGAAAUCAACACCAUACUCAAGGCCUUGAUCAUUUGUUUUUCUGUUGUUCAUUCAUUCGUAUAUCCUUAUUCAUUUGUAUGUUUGUUUUGUUGCUGGUCCGUUUGUUGGUUUGUAUAUUUUCACAUUUGUUUGUUUGGUGAUGAAUGUAUGUAUGUAUGUAUGUGCGUAUGUUUAUGCGUAUGUUUGUGAAUUUCAUUCAUAAUAUGUAAACUUUGUAAACUUUCAAAUGUCCAUAUUUUUUGUUCAUUUGUCUGUUUGUUUGUAUGUAUGGUUGUAUGUUUGCUUGUCUCCAUUAUGUAUGCGUUAAUGAAUAAUGUCGACAUUUUAAUCUUUAUUUUUAUACACGUAUAUCUAAACUCUUCAAUGAAGUAAUAAAAACUUU